CAAACACAGAGCACUGGCCAGAGUGUUCUUGAGAGUGUCAAAAAGGCGUUCAGUUUUGCCUCACCCAAGGUCGAGAUACGGAAAAAGGAUCCCCUGAUAGAAGAUCAUAGGGAGUGCGUAUCGAUCGUAUCCAGAGUUGACCGUCGCUCGUUGCUUUUCUAACCCAGCGUAUCGAAUCACGCAUAGAAACCCCUGCCGAGGGUGGUGACGAUUGCACUGUUGCCACUUCUCAGUGAAACCAUAUAAAGUUUCUUGAAUAUUCAUCGGAAUACAUGUACGUAUGGCGUUCAGCUGGUCGAUCGAGACUGCCGCCGAUGAGUGCUUCGAAGGAUCGCUAGGGGUGAAUCACUCGUCACAUGAUCUGGUACCUUGAGGGGAAGGGGGCACAGCUCCAGGCAUCCGCAUCACUGAUACUACCGGGCCGGUUACACUCGUAUCGCCAGUGGGCCAAAAACGAUAUCACGUGUAGAGACUCGUACUUUGCCAAGUUCUCUACCGGUAUCAUCGUCAGCAAAUCGAUGGGGACUAUCAAGUUGAUGUAGUUGGAAUAAUACUCCGACUCUCGGCUCGUAAGUACAAAGGUAAACUAACAGACUGGCGACCAGUGGCUCCAUCCUGUAUUGAUCAGACCUCGCGUUAAGACGCACGUUGGCUGAGUGGAAGUCCGAAUUGCAAGUGAAGGACAGAAACAAGAUGCCCGCCGCAGCAAGUGCCGAAGAAUCAGCUCUGCUGGGCACCAUGCCUUCAGACAGUAUGGACGACAUUGAAUUGAAAAACAUCCAGCUCCAGUUCCCGGAAUUGAGAUAUCCCACCCGGGACGAGAAGCUGAUCCGGGAGGAGCGGGUUGAAACGGACAAAGGGACACUGUUGGUUGCCAUUCACGGAAAUCAGGGAAAACCUGCAAUUUUAACCUAUCACGACUUGGGCCUUAACUAUAUCUCGAGUUUCCAGGCAUUUUUCAAUUACAUCGACAUGCGCAUUCUUCUGGAGAACUUUUGUGUUUACCACGUAAAUGCCCCAGGACAAGAGGAAGGUGCCCCCACGUUGCCGGAAAACUACACUUAUCCGUCUAUGGACGAGCUCGCCGAACAGCUGCAGUUUGUCCUCGGUCAUUUUGGACUCAAGUCUGUGAUCGGCUUCGGAGUUGGUGCUGGCGCCAAUAUACUCUCGCGGUUUGCCCUGGUUCAUCCAGAAAAAGUUAACGCACUGUGCCUCAUCAACUGCGUCUCCACGCAGGCCGGUUGGAUUGAGUGGGGUUACCAAAAAUUGAAUGUCCGACACCUCCGGUCUCAGGGAAUGACGCAAGGUGUCCUGGAUUACCUCAUGUGGCACCACUUCGGAAGGGGUACCGAGGAGCGCAAUCACGACUUGGUCCAAGUCUACAAGAGCUACUUUGAGCGACGAGUGAACCCAACGAAUCUGGCCCUUUUCAUCGACAGCUACGUUCGUCGCACGGACCUAAACAUCGUCCGCGAGUUGGAUCCAACCCGCAAGAAGGAGGGGUUGACUCUGGGAGUGCCCGUAAUCAACAUCACUGGUUCGUUGAGCCCGCACGUCGAAGAUACCGUGACGUUAAACGGUCGUCUAGAUCCGACCAACAGUUCCUGGAUGAAGAUCUCCGAUUGCGGAAUGGUGCUCGAAGAACAGCCGGGCAAAGUUAGCGAAGCUUUCCGACUAUUCCUUCAGGGCGAAGGAUACGUGGUGAAAGCCCCGCGGAAGCUUGUGACGUCGACAUCACUCGAAGUUGCUCCUCUGUCACCAACGAAGAUUUCCGACUACCGGUUGGCGUCGCUUUACCUGGAAAUCUGCAAUCAAAAGUCCGAGUGGCUAUCGGCGACUAUUCACAUCACCGAGAACCCCAUAUCAGAGGCAGUCGUUUGUUAAAUGCCUCCUUCUACUUGGAUGAUUGGUAUCCCUGGGAUCAGCGGUCCCGCGGGACUCUCGAACAGGCUAAUAUCUUUUCACCUACGUAGUACCUACUACUUUUCGAAGUAGACGUUUCGCGUUGAGUUGCUUCAAUCAGCUACGAGCUGAGUCCCAAGGCUGGAAAGCUAGUCUAGCCUAGGCAUUAAUGUACCGUUCUUAUAGCGUCGCAAAUACGGCGGGUAGAUUCACCUCUUCGGUGAAUACGACGCACUAGUUUUUUUAUUUUAAUUCGCAUUCGUAAGGGUAUCGAGGUUAUCGUCGAUAUUUCAUUACGUGAAGUUGAAAGGCAGAAUGGCUGAUUUCGGGUUGGUGAGAUUAUACCCCAAAUCGCUAUUUCUUCUGUUUUCUACGUGUAACCGCUAUUUUGACCACCUCAUAAAACAAGCUGGAAUUGAAAUUGCGCCCGAAAAGUUUCUAUUCUCAAUUCCUUUGUUUCUCGGCACUCGUAAUAGUGCGAUUGAUAGAUCAAUUUCACUCAGGAACGCCAAAAAAUGUUGGCGGUAAAAAUUAGUAACCGGUCGAGUGGGGUGAAUGAUCGUUGAGUAGAAUCUUGAAAUUUUUUUGGUAACGUAUAUGCGCCUAUUAGUCGAAAACCAUCGUUUCUUCACUCCAGGCGAUAUUUUUUGUUUUGAUCAGUAUUUGGUAUAGAUAAUUCAUGGGAAGUCAAGGAAGAAAUUUCACCCAUCGAAUCGAAAUAAUUUGUGGCAUACUCCGCCAGCAACCUGCACCUGCAUAUCUUUAAUUAUCAAGCAAUCCUACGGGAGAACAUAGUAGAACUAGAGUAUUCUCAUUACGACUAGUGAGAGUCGGACCAUCGAUUUUUUAACACGAAUAUAUCACCGUCACGGACGUUAAAUUAAUUUUAGCGAAGUUAGUCGGCACGCGAUGUGUACGGCACAGCUUGUCGAACCGAUAAAAAUUAUUCGUAAUAGCAAUUGAAUCCAAUUUAACGAGGGUAAGUGAUAGUGAUAACUAUGCCGAUCACAAAUCCAAUAUACCAGACAUGUGAUUAAUAUAAAUAAUGCGAGAUAAAUAAUCACAUUUCUCUUACGGUAAAGACGCGGACAUCAAUACAUAUUUGAUGUCGCUUACGGUAGUCUCUUAGAGUAUCAUAACCCGUCUAGACGUACGUACCUACCUGCGUAUAUAGUCAAACAAGAAUACGCGAUGCGAUAUCAAACGUCUCGAUGUGACGAAAGGUCACAUAAAAUAAGGGAAUCGAAAAAACAUACGCGUGCACACACAAACACAAACACACACGCACACGCGCGCGCGCAAAAGAGUUUGUUUAAUAAGUACGGAGUUUUCUUUUGCGAAAUGUAUGAAUCUCUACACGUUUGGAGUUUGUUUGAAAUAUAGCCGGCAAGAUUGAUUUCUUAUGCCUUGCGCUAGAAUAAGCGGCGUUAGAUGUGAAUGUCGUAUGCUCUUUGCAUAGUUCCAUAAAUAAGAGAAAAGAAUUGAAUUCGUUUACAUGUAACGUGAUUUGAAGCUGCAAUAUGGCAAUGUGGUUUUCACGCCCGGAACAUGAGUUGCUGUAAUAAUAUGUGCCUGCUCUAAGAUAUGUCUAUGUAAUUUUGAAUUUUGCGUUUCACACUUUUUAUAUGUAUAUAUUUAUAUCCAGUAAUAUUCGUCUAUGCGUCGGCCCACGUAAAAGCGUGAACGGACAAAAACUUUGUUCUUCCGACUUUCGUAAAGUUUUUCCAAGCCUCUCAAUACUUCAAGAAACGCUCCUACCCCUCUAGUCGAUUGGUCAAGAAGAUGAAUUGCAUUCUUCACAUUUUUCUGAGUGGCUCGAAAAUCAAAUCGUGGAAAUCGUGGUCUAUCCCAGGAUCACAAGACAGUUUUUUUUUUUUUUAACUUAGCGUGAAAUCCGGGAAGCCGCUUACUCUUUUGCAAUAUCAAAGAAUGAGUAUAUGAGAUUUCAACAAAUAAAUUAUGCUGCGUAAUUACAUUUGAAAAAUUUUGUUUCAAAUAAGCUGGUGACAAUAAACUAUUCAUAAUCGGCGAUGAGCCCGAAGGGACUUUUCACGAGUCAGCUGUGGUAGUGCCGGGUCGGUUGUUGAUUUAACGGAAAAUAAGGUUGAGAUGACUGGUUCAAUAAAACGAUGACCUUUAUAUGGCCCUGUGAUUUCAGCGAAUGCAACUUUCAUAGCAAUAAUCGAACGAAAUUAUUAAUAUCAAAAAAUCGAUACCUAUAGUAAUAUCGGAUUUAUAGGCAAACGGCUCGACCGUUUGGCGUUUAUGAACGUACGAAGUAUAGAACAAGAAAAAAAAAAAAUACUUCGCGCUGAUUGGCGUGCGUCAUUCAAAGAGUUGCUUUGUCAGCGGUAGAAUUUUCCGCGUGAGAUAAGUUUGAGCUUGAAAAGUUGUCGCUACUUGGUUUACCAAAACGCUGCAAAAAGUUCCACAAAAGUCAAAAUGACUAAGUUUUCGUUCGUUAAUGUUUUCAGGUGGAUACGUCCAUUAACAUGUAUUAUAGAAAUAAAUUAUCUCAUUUACACAGGCCCCUGUUGCUAUAUUUUUGCUAAGGUGUUGGUUAAUCUUCUACAGAAGGUAUAGCCGAAUUACGAGGCUUUGUAUCUUAGUGUGAGAAAGAUUAGGUAUGCGCAACUAAGGAAAUGUGUUUGAAAGUUAUUAAUCCUAGACGGUCUCGGUACACAUCCCGCUAGUAAACGGUCGGCCCGAGGUCAUUCUCGUCCUCGUACAUAUCUCAAUUUACGUCAGACGAAAAGAAAACAACUCGCUGAAUCAGAUAACUUUUGCGUAACUAUAGAAACGGCAAAAAUUUCACCUGUCGCAGCAAGAAUUUUCACCGCAAUAGCAAAGAUUUUGCAAGCAUAGCAAAGGGCAGGGCUUCUCAAUGUAGCAGAACCGUUAGUUAAACUUGCAAAAUCUUCGUGUCCCUAUAUUAACACAAAAAUUUACUGAUCCAGCGAAUUAUUUUCUCCGUGCAUCACAUGUUGCAAAAAAUUUCUUCACAUGGUGAGAUAUCCAAGGUUAUAUACUGUACAUUGUGAACUGGUAGGUCAAAUUUUAUUUUCAUCAAUCGCAAUAUUGAAACAUCCUUUGAAUGGACUAUACGAGGGAUUCUUUUAUCACCGGGUUCCACGUCUUACACUCUUUGAGCUCAGUCUUUAUCCUUUCAAUCCGUGCUGUUGCAAUUAAACGAGAUAUGAUUUUGCCAAAUUUGAGAACUUCACAUCUAUCACCAUUUGUUCUUUUUUUCUACUUGUAGUUCAUUAUAUCGUGAACCUUACUUUCUGUCACGGUUUUUCCUAACAGUCUUGACAUAAAUUGGUUUCUCAAUUACAUAUAUUCUUUUUCUUUCUCAUAAAACGAAAUCAAAGUUUAUUUUGUUCGAUGAAAUAGAUCUGAUUUUCUUGAAAUGCCGAGUUAAUAUUCUUUACGCUGCUAGAACGAUGAUUACAAGACGUUCCCUCAAAGACCGGGGAUAAAGUUCAAACAAUCUACGAUAUUUGUUUUCAACGCACAACCUGUCUUUCGACUAGAGAUCCGAAGUAAAACGCAAAAGUAGAGGAUAUAUGUAUGUAUAGGAAUAUCUUGGUCCGUUAUCAAACGGAAAAAGAUGAGGAACAAGAAAUACCGGACGUCGUUAGAUUUACAUAUUACACGCACUGAUUCACUCCUAUAGUUAAUUGCCCAACUUCGGAGCCUCGUUUUUAACCAAAUCGCCAGCGAAUGUCAGGCGAGUUGCGAAGUAUUUAUAUUCACAGAUGGAGUAUGUUUCACACAAUACGUGAUCAUAGGCAUAGUAAUGCAUCUUAUGUCGUAUAAAGAAACAAACAAGUUUGAAGCCACUUGCUAUCUCAAGUUGACCUGACCACCCGAACUGAGAACCACAUCGUUUAUCGUAUCCCACACCUUGAAAUCUGCAACUCCCACGAGCAGCAUUGCAGUUUAUUUGUUGAGGUUCUCGAAUAUUGAAAAAACCAUAUCUCGCUUAACUGUGAUUGAAAAAAUGUAAAAUAUUCACGAAUGUUUCUUUCACCUAGGACUGUAUUUUACGUUUAACUGUAUGAGAACAAAUCGUAGAGUGCAAGGUUCGAAGCCUCGUUAAAACUGCGUGGAAUUUCCAAUGAGCAAGUACAAAACAGUAAAUAGAAACUGUCUAGACAUUAAUGACCCCAAUGUGAUUGCCUACGGUAAUAUGUACACGUAUACUCAUUUAAUCUUUCGAUAAAAUUAUCGUUCUUUGUACUUAUAAUAUUAUGAAACUCACAACGAGUAAUUCGUGAUUGCCUUGUUUUCGCAGACGUAUCACGAUUGCGAUUUAAGCGGAUGCUACAGCCAGUCCUUACCAACUGCGUUACAUGUCUCGUAUGUUCGUUAUUACCGAAAGCUGUGCGUCGCAAUCGAAAAAAAGUGCGUAACAACCCUAUUCUACGUCCGAUUCUGAACGAAGACACACGUAAACAUUUUGUUCCCUACGCAAAGUCUAUCAUGGUGUUUCUGUUUGGAAUUGAAUGUAGAAAUCGCCUGUUAUGUCCUUUCUUGCGCUGCGAUGAUAUUACGGCAUCUGAUAUUAGUCAAAAUAGAAGAACAUCACGCAGUCGUCAAGAACUGACUGACCGAUACCAUCCUCUUAAAUUCCGGAACUGGUCGUAGCUCUCAUUGGAGGACUCAGACUUACGUUGAACAACACUGUCGGGAUUUCAUAAUGUUCGAAAGUGUCUUGAAAUCACUCACGAAUUCCCAACGACAUGAUACUGCCUUGAAUGAUUUUUAACAAAAUUAUGGUUGAAUGUUGACUGCUUUGUAGUUUAUUACUAUUACGAAUAUAGGAGAAAUGAAGGUUGAGGCGAUAGUUAAUUAAUUUUGGAAGUUUGUACGGCUAGAUGUUAGGGAGGGAAGGGUUUUGUUGAUACUGGUAUAACCGGUAACGAAACAUGUUGUGAGAUAAGAAUAUAUUGAGAAAUGGACACAGAUAGUAAACGAUAUUAGAAAUCGCGGAAUAUUAGCCAACACAAAAGAACGAGACAGCUUGCACAGCCGGUAUCUCACAGAUUUUACGAUUUAGACCAUUACAGUAAACGUCAUCAAUGAUAAACGCGACAAGAUGUGUAUAUCCAUGAAUCGCUGUCAUUCAACAUUCACUUAGUAUGGAAUACGCUUCAACAUAGUACGGAUCUACGUGAACUCGAGACGAUACUGUGAGUUAUGUCGAUGUAGGGGGAGUUCAUUACGAAUUCUUGUACCUCCCUAGAGGAGGAAAGACAUCGGCGCGCUGGACGUAGCGUUUCUAUUUAGCAUGGAUGUAGCUAAUUUAUAGCUUACGAUUAGUGCCGAUUGGAAAUAUACAUUGAAAUAGAGCUUGAUUACAUAAAUUCGGUUGCGAAGAUAUGCAGCUACAUGCACACGAUGUAUACAUCUUGUUAUUUAUAAUAAAUAAACACAUAAAAUAGA